AUGCUAGCUGAAGUGAGGGCUAGCACACACGUGAGCGAGGCUUGGUCGUGUGGGCAAGACGAGCUAGAGUUACUGCAUGGAGGUGAGGUACGGCUAAGUAAUAACCGGUGCAUGCUAAAGUUACAAAAGAGAGAGGGCUGGCUAGCUCGUGGUUUGAGCGAGGGAGAGGGUCGACGAGAGGGUUGUGAGGUCGGCGUAAGUGGGGCUAUUCGGGUUGGCAUCCUUCAAGAUUUGAAUAAGGUAAGAAUCCCCUAUAAGCUCUCCUCCUCCUUUUCAUAA